AUGCCGUCAUCCACCAACGCAAGGCCUUCAGCAAACUACAGCUGGUUCAGUUUUCUUCUGCUCGUCGUCUUUUUCAUAGGUUUCUUCCCGAGUCUCUUCAACUACCUCCUCUUUCUACCCUGGACCCUCGUCUUCCCACCGUCGACUCCAGCUCCUCCUUCCACCCCGCCAUCGUCGUCGUCGCCCGCCGAAAUGUCUUGGUCUCAGAAGCAGUUCACCCUGCCCCCGCGGUCGCGCGGCUCCUACCUGGUCACCGACCACGUCGUCGAUUCGCUUCCCGAGAUUAGGGACUACAAGGUCGGCUUGCUUAACCUCUUUGUCCAGCACACCUCGUGCGCCCUCAGCCUAAACGAGAACUGGGAUGAUGACGUGCGCGCCGACAUGUCAGACGCCCUCGACCGCAUCGCCCCCGAGAGCGGACCCAAGGGCCAGGAGCUCUACCGACACAGCGCCGAGGGUCCCGACGACAUGCCGGCACACAUCAAGAGCGCACUGAUUGGUGCAAGCGUCACAAUCCCCAUCAGAGACGGAAAGCUGGCAAUUGGCUCACGAGUGACAUCACAGGCUACCGGUACAUGGCAAGGCAUCUGGUAUCUGGAGUUUCGGGCGGUAAGGCACACAAGGAGGGUGGUGGCGACGAUCCAAGGCCAGAAGGCAUGA